CAGCAAUUUUGCCGAUUGGCUGCUACUGCGAAUUAAGCAGCGCCAUUACUGUCAAAGAAGUUGAAUGCGAUACAACUGUUUACUAUACGCCGCGUACGCGUACCGAAUUCAGUGGUUUAAAAUCUAUAAUGUGCAAAAAGAAUAAAAAAUACAUGAGAAAUUUAAUGAGGAUUUCCUUUUAGAUACAAGUGAAAUUAAAAUAAAGUGAUUAUCACCGAAAUACAAAUUAAAAAAUUCAAUAUAGUGGCCUUCGUGAACUGUCAGGAUAAAACGCGAAUAUCGGAUCGAAAAGCUUCAGCGUUGACGGCGACCGCAACGUUCCGCAGAUGUCGACUUAGGCAAAGGCGACGACGCUUCUUCAGCCAAACAGCGGACGAAGUAAAUCGACACGAACAGCGGCAGUCGGAGUAAUAGUGAAGAAGUAAUUCCAUUGAAAUUUGUUGUGGAAAAAGAAUUAAAUUGAAAGUUAUUAAAUCGCAAAUAGUUUAAGUGAAGUGAAAAGAUUAUGAUUUUUCUAUGUGUGUGCAAUGUGGUUAUAUGUAUAAAAAUAAAUUGGAGAAACUAUACAGUAUGUUGUACGCAGAAGCCAAAGUGCAAAGCUUCUUCGUUACACCCAGGUAAGGGCAACAUUAAAUAAUAUAAAUAAAAGAAGAGAAAAAAUAUCUUAUCCCGGAAAAGCCCGUAUAGUAACCAUUCAAUUUUAAAGGCCUCAAAUUACAUAUAUUUUCAAGUAAAACAAAAAGAACGUUUAAAGUAAACGAACAAACAAUCGACCGUGGCAAGUUUCAGCAGCUACUACGAUGCGCCAUUGCUUCAAUACAAUUCGGUGUUUGUGUUUGUUCGCCGCGAAAGAGUGCGCAGCAAACACGGUGUAAUAUUUGGAGAAAGAGUGGAAAGCAAGAAAAUCAACAAGACGUUUAUUGGCUUUUCGCUGCCGGCUGCCUAAAUAACGUCGUCGUCGUCAACGUCGACGACAUCAACAACGUUGCUGGCGGCAACAGCGUCGGUGACGUCGACAGCAUUGUGACCAAGCCCAAAAAUCCAGUCAAGCACUACGAAUUCAUCAGCACGAAAUAUUAUAAGACAGAAAAGAAAGAAAUAGCCAAGUUAGCUGUAGUGAAUGUUAUUGUAAAAAGUGUCUUAUUUUGUGAAGAACUUAAAAAAAUGCACAAAACAUAGUAAUGAAGUAGUCGGACGCCAAAGCAGGCGGCAGGCAGGACACAAUCACAUGAAAUUGUAAAGUUGAAUAAAAUAAUAUUAGACAUUUCUUGUGCCGAAAAACACAAACGUUAGUUACGGAUGUCACCUUUCAUUAGUGAAUGCAACCGAAAUUGAAAUUUCAAAGUAAUAAAGUUGAAUAACAUAAAGUAGUAGUUUAAAACAACAAAAGCAACUUGAGCAGUUGGAUUUGUAACAGCGGCAAUAGUAGCUUCAGUUGCGGCAUAAUAAUGGCCGCCGAGGAACUGAAAGUGGUUUUGCGGCGUAAUGAGCAUUCCGGUUUUGGGUUUUCGCUGUUGGGCACCACGGGACCGCCGCAUGUAAUAUAUGAAAUACACGAGAAUUCACCGGCUGCCGAUAGUGCGGUCGAAGCUGGUGAUAUUAUUUUAAAAGUAAAUGGCACUGAUGUUCAUCGAUAUACAACGAAAGAAGUUCUCAAGUGCUUAAGGCUAUCCGAUGAUUCGGUCACGUUAGAGCUGCGUCGUGAUCCCAAACUAAAAGCGCGACUCAAAGAGCAACUGGCCAAUACGAAAAAUCCCCAUUACGAAGACAUCGAACCAUCUCCGCAUAUUUAUGAUUACAAAUCAUCGAGCUGUCGAUCUCCCACAACUCACCACCGCUCGUUGUCACUGCAAGACUCUUACGAACCGCCACACAACAGCAAUUCCAAUUCAUCGUCUUCGCCUGCGAUACGCUACGCCAAAUCGCCCACUCACUUGCCACACCGACAGGGUUCACUGCCGACGCCUGCGUUGGCCAGCCAACAACAACAGGGCAAUCAUAGUCGCAGCUCUUCCGCUUCCUCAGCACAGCUACAAUUUGGUGAUAUAAAUACUACUGCAGCGAGUGGUGGUGCGGGCGGCGCCACCUGUACAUCGCCCACAUCUCGUCCAUCACGUAUUCCAACGGCACUGAAAGCUCCACAAAAGCCACCCGUACAACAUUCGCCACAAAAUAAGCGACCGCGACCAUCACAAAUUCCAACAAAGGCUGGUCCGGCAGCCACCAACGGUAACGCGCCAGUAAUUGCGCCGACAGCUCCAGUCACCGGCGGUUGUGUGAGUGGUGGUGGUGGUGCCCAUUUACAGCAUUCAAAUAGUUAUAGCGGUGGCAGCACACGUUUCACUCAGCAGCAGCAGCAACAGGCGGCACUGCAGCAGAAGGAGCGUGACGCUGAGCCUAACUCGGCGCCGCCGCAGCCAGCGAAGGCGCCACGCUUUGAGGCAUACAUGAUGACUGGUGAACUGAUACUGAAUCUGUCGAGGACAUCUCAAAGUAGUAACCUACUGCCAGGUCACGCAAAAAAAAUCGACAGUUUGCGUGACUCACCACAACGUGCGGUCGUGGCUGCGCGUGCUAACGGCGCUUUGGCGCCUCGUGCUUCUGGUGAGUCUUCGCCCACAUCCUCAUCAUCGGUGGACUCGCCCACUCACACGGCCAGUUCGGAGUCAGCUCACCACCACAAAGAUCGUGGCAAGCGAAGACACCAACAACCUCAUCAUCAUUUGCUCCAGCAACAGUUGGAUAGUAUUAAUAACAGCUACAACAACAGUAACAGUGGUGGAGGUGGUGGCGCGGGCGGUGUGGGCGUAGUUAACAGCGAUCCACGUAAAGACGAUACGCUGUUAUUGUGCGAAGAAUUAGAGCGUGACGACGAAGAGGCAGGUGGUGACAAUAAUCGCAGACAACGAUAUCAGCAACAUCAACACCAUUCAACACGACGACACCAAUACAGUCAUUAUCAACAGCGCAGCAGUUACGAUCAUGAUGAGGUUGUUGACAUGGAGGAAAACGAGGAGGAUCAGACGCACUAUGAUAUCACCAAUAUAGAAACGUACAAUAGCGGUGGACUUGGCGCGGGCGAUGUGUGUGGCGAUGAUGACGCCAGCGAUCGUCAAUGCCUGGUAACGAAUUAUGGCGACGAUGAGGACGACGAUGUCGAAGGUGAGGAUUUCGAUGCCGAAGAUGAAGACUGUUGUGGCGCCGAACAUGAAGACGAAGACUACUCAUCAAAUUCACUGACAUCGGCAUCGGCGAAACAACGUUUGCGCGCACUUAAGCAAAAAGCUGCCGCUGCACAUUACAAACAUGCACAAAGUGUGGUGCGCGCCAGAGGUGGCAUCGGCGAUGCAGUCGAUUGUGCGAACCAACAUUACGCUGGUGGCUAUCAGCAUCAUCAUCAGCAAAAACGACAACAGCAACGCGGUUCAGGUGGCUCGAGUUCUUCAUCGGCGACGGUGAAAAGCGACGGCUUAACUGGCAUAAACACCUCACCCGAUGAAACUUCAUUCUCCGUGCCCACCUCACCGAUUUCGCUGUCUACGCCAUUAAUUGACAAAGACACGGCGAAUUCAGUCCCCACCAGCCCAGAACCAACAAGCCUGGGUGCAGUAGGUGGUGGUGUUGUUGUCCACGAUGUUGUGGUGCGGCGACACAAUGGUGUCGUACGUACAUGUGAUUCCGCUGGAUUCCGUACCAGUAAGUCUGAGGAUCACCUGCAGCAGGUGCAGCGUGAAGGCAUGGCUGCAGUGAUACCGAUCGAUAUUGAUGAGGAUGUGAAUAGUUCACUGAAUACACUGCUCGAUACGAGGCAUGACUCGGAAGAUUCGCAGGGUUCCAAUCGUGAUCGCAUUGUUUGGACUUAUAACGCACCGCUGGCGCCACACCAAAUACAACAAUUACAGCAGCAGCAACAACUGCAGCAACAGCAACAACAGUAUUCGAGUACACACUAUGGCGGUAGCCACAACAAUUCAUCACCGAAUUCGCAGUCACAUUCGCACUCCCACACACACUCGCAUUCGAGUUCAAUAAGUUCAUCGCCACAGCAUUCGGCUGGUAGUCCGGCCUCACCGACAUCUGUAUCCAGUUCGGUGAUGUCAUCGUCCGGUUCGAAGGGUGCGCUGGGCAUUGGUGGUGCGUAUGCUUUGAAUAGCAACAACAAUGGCGGUCAUCAUCAACAGCAGCAGCAACAACAACUACAGUUGACAGCAAAUGCCGCUAAUGGUGGCACCAGCGGCGGCACCAGUGCAACAACAGCCACAACAGCUUUACAAACGGGUUUGUUACAUUGUCCUACUGGUAGUGGUAAUGGUAAUGGUAGUGGAGGUGGUGGCGGUAGUGGUGGUAAUGGUGGUGGUGGUAAUAAUAGUCUUGCAGGUGGCGCCGGUUACGAUCAUAGCGUCUCCGAAGCCAUCUCGAAUAUUUCUAGUCCCGACUAUCAGGACGAUGAUAAUUUAUUGAGUUCUCGCGAUCUUGCAGGCGGCAUGGUACUUAGCGAUCCCAGCGAUUCCGAUUCUACGAUACUCGUAUCCGACACGGCGGCAACGCGACAAAAGCAACAACAACAUCAACAAUUGCAGUUACAAGCACAAGCGCUACACCAACAGCAACUGCAACAACAACAGAAAAUGGUUGGUGGUGGCCAACAGGGAAACUCCGAACAGCAUAAACUAGUGAUACAGGUGCGUGGCAUCGAUAAUAGUAAUAGUGUCUCAGCACGUACCGGCUACUCGGAAGUGAAAGACUCCGAAGAUGAAUUGGCCACGCUGACGGAGGAGCCAUUAAAUAGUGCAUUGACGGCGGCAUGCGGUGAUGGCGGCGGCACAGGACGUGAUUCAUCGCCGCCCGUUUCGGAUGAUGGUAGUGAUGUGGAGUCGCUACAUUCCUACCAUUACUCACCAAAGGCCGUGGAUAUGCCAUCGGCAAUACGGCUAGCCAAAAGACUGUACUCACUGGAUGGUUUCAAGAAGAGCGACGUGUCGCGUCACCUCAGUAAAAACAACGACUUCAGCCGUGCUGUCGCCGAUGAAUACCUAAAGUAUUUUAAUUUCGAAAAGAAAACGCUUGAUGAAUCGUUACGUGAAUUUCUGCAACAAUUCUCGCUGUCGGGUGAGACACAAGAGCGCGAACGUGUGUUGGUGCAUUUUUCUAAACGCUUUUUAGACUGCAACCCAGGCACGUUCAAUUCACAAGACGCUGUACACACUUUAACUUGCGCCAUUAUGCUGCUAAACACCGAUCUGCAUGGCCAGAAUAUUGGACGGAAGAUGACUUGCGCGGAAUUCAUUGAAAAUCUAGCCGAGCUUAACGAUGGUGAAAAUUUCCCCAAAGAUGUUUUGAAAUAUUUAUAUCAGGCCAUUAAAACACAACCGCUUGAGUGGGCGCUCGAUGAUGAUGUCACUGAAUUGCAAAAACAACGCGGAGAUAAUAAUGUCGGCAACAGCACAAGCAACAGCCUUAUCGGUCAAAAUCCCUUCUUAGACAUACCGGAAUCGUCGACGGCGAUUGAGUACAAAAAGGGCUAUGUGAUGCGCAAAUGCUGUUACGAUGCCAACUACAAGAAGACGCCAUUCGGUAAACGUUCCUGGAAGAUGUUUUACUGCACGCUGCGUGAUCUAGUACUCUUUCUGCACAAAGACGAGCAUGGCUUCCGGAAGAGUCAAAUGUCCGAUAAUCUGCACAACGCUAUACGCAUCCACCAUGCUCUAGCCACAAAGGCUACCGAUUAUACGAAAAAGCAGCAUGUUUUCCGUUUGCAAACCGCCGAUCAGGCAGAGUAUUUAUUUCAGACCAGUGAUUCCAAAGAGCUACAAUCGUGGGUAGAGACGAUAAAUUUCGUUUGUGCCGCAUACUCAGCGCCACCACUGGAGGGUGGUGUGGGCAGCCAAAAACGUUUUCAACGCCCACUGCUGCCUAGCACGCAUACAAAGUAUUUGAUGAAAGAGCAAUUAGAAUCGCAUGAGCAACAAUUGGCGCAAUUAGAGGCAGCACUCGCUGAACAUAAGAAGGGCCCUGUACCGAACAAAGGACUGCCAUUACAGAACUACAAAGAAAAGGAGAGUUACUUGCAAUAUGAGCUACGCCGCUAUCGCGCUUAUGUGUCAAUUUUAGCUGCUAAACUGCUUUCCGAUCAACAGCAGUUGGAUGCUGCACAGCAACAACAAUUAACGAACAACGAAGAAUUAGAUACAUUCUCAACGAGUGGUGUUGGAGGAGUCGGGGGAGUUGUGAUUGGUGCGCGGCAACAACAGCCGCCACCAGCGUAUCCGCAACAAUUACAAUUGCAACAACCAACUGCACAGUCGCCAACAGCACAACAACAACAGGCACAGCCGCAACAACAGCAAACAACUAACAGAAAGAAAGAGAAGAAAAAAUGAGGACGUACGAAAUGUAGCAACUCGAACAAAUAAAGAGUCUUGUACAGAUAUGAAUUUACAAAAUCCAAAACACAAACACAAAAAACGCGAGGCACGACAUUCAAUGAGGAUGAGCAUGAGAAAACAAAAACUAAAGCAAAAAAUAAGAAUAAUUUCUUAAAAGCUAAAACCAUUAUUGCAUAUAAAAUUCAAUCAAAUUGAAUUGCGAUUUCGUUAGUAUGUAAAAGAUGUUGUUUAGACGAAGAAUAUAAAUCAAGAAGAGAGUAAAAAACUUAUUGCUGAUUUUUUAUAUCCACUUCCUUCGCAUUCAAACACACACCAGCAUAUAGUACCCGUACUCGCACCCAUACUCGUACUCGCACAUGCAUCUGCAUUAAUGUCCUGAAAAAUGUCUUCAAGCCGUUUUGUCCAUUGGCAACAAAGGCAAUAGUCUCGUCGUUUUGUGAAUAGACACGAACAACAAAACUAUACACACACCAGCUAAAGGUAUAAAUAUACACUAAAAAAUGCUAACUUUAGAUUGCCACUUAACAAUAGUUUGUGUGUACAUGUGUGUGCUUUCCUCUUACAAUUAGAUGAUCGUUUGUACAGUAUCUGUCAAUAGUUGUGAAACGAACAAAUUUUGACACACGGUUGUCCUUGUUGUCAUCCUCGUUGCAUACACACAUACAUGAAAAAUACUAUUACGAUUAAUUUAUUUUACUAUAUGUAUUUACUUAUAAUAUCUAUGUAUGGAAAUGUAUGCUGCUAAUUACUAAAAGAAGAAGAUCGGGCGAAAAACUAAUUAUAAUUUAUGGCCUUGUGAAUUUAAUUACAAAAACAUACACAUACAAAUAUGCUAGAAGACGAGAUAUGAAAGCAGCGAAACAAACAAGAAAAUAACACAAAAGCAAAAUUACGCUAUUUGUCGUAUUUAUAUUAUGUAAUAUUAUAUACAUAUU